AUGGCCGACCAGACAUUGAAGCCGCCCAUUUCGAGGUCCUCGACCGCCUUGACACCCGCUGGCGUUGACAACCCCACCACUGCACGGUCAAGAAACAGGAGAGCCCCGAACAGCAAUAAUGCACCCAACACCGCAACGUCGCCCACCGGUGGUCCGUCCCGCCAAAGCCCCUCGCCGAGCCGGGGCCUCCAGUCUGGCGGUUUGUCAAGCCCCCUCAAUGGCGCUUUCUCCCGCGGCCUGCUCGAAGGCUCCUGGACCCCCAACUGGUCUUCGGUUCAAGACUUUGCUACGUCGCUACUCGAUGGUGGAUAUAGCAGCGAGCCUUCGCGCCCCAACAGCAGGAACGGCCCCAAGUCGCAGCCAAAGUCAUUCUGGAAGGGCUUUGGAGCCUUGACCCGCAAAACGUCUGAGACAUGGGGCCCAGCCCCUCUAUCAAAUGACCGCCCUGCACCAGAUGACAUCGCCGCGGGUUCUCGCGCCAGGCGGGAAGCAGAACUGAUGGCAAGGAAAAAGGCCAGCGUGCUGGAGAGUCACGAAGGAAGGAGGAACUCGGACGAAAACAUGCGGAGCGUGAGCCAACCGGUUAUAGAAGAAUUUCUGGUGUAUCUGCAUCAUGUACAGCCUACGGACACGUACGCCGGCAUAAUCCUCCGCUACAGAUGCAUGGAGCAUGCAUUGCGCAAGAUCAACGGCUUAUGGUCGCGGGACAACAUCCAGAUUCGCAAGCAUCUCUUGAUUCCUGUGGAUGCUUGCGAGACUAAAGGCAGACCAUGUGAUCCUCCUUCCCUUCAGUCUCAAAAAGUCGACCACCUAGCUAUGACGCCCCAGCCCUCUAGUCGGUUGCACGAUGACUACUUCGGGUCUUUGAACGGGAAAACGAAUGAGCACGCAAUACAAGAAGCUGAUGAACGGCCGUGGACCCACGAGCCAGUGGAGAUAGUGAGAGUUAAGCGCACGAACGUAGGGUAUUUCCCGCCUAGGAGAAAGAAGAGCAUCCAUACCGCUUCGACCUAUUCCACUCCGCGUCAGUCCCUUGAAUUAUCGAAGGCGGUUUCAAACACUUCUGUAAUUGCAGGGAGUCCCGGCGGAAACUCGUCUAGGCGACAGAGCACCAUCAGCACACGGCCAGCGGCCUCGAGUCUUAGUUUCGGCUCGCCUGCGUCCGGUCGGAGCCGAGGCAAUAGUCUGGGGCAGAUGGAAGGGGUUCCAGCGUGGAUGCGCAAACCAGGAGGUGUGGGAUCGAUGGGGAAGAGCGUCAAGGCACCAGGCCCAGCCAAUGACUCCUUCAAUACAUGGGUCAACAAGCGACUGCCAGGGUUUAACAUUGACUCGCUCCCCUCCAUGUCCGUCAUGGGAUCUGAAACUGCACAUUUCGGAUUCUCGGCAAAGACGGAAGAAAGCACCGGUAUUGUGGAAAGUCCCUUUGAAGAAGGGCGCGACGCGACAGCCCCCUCACGGAAUGGCGUUGGUCUGGAGAAUGCUGCAGCAUCCAUCGAAACGUGGUUACGCGGGGCUUGGGCGAAGCGGCCUGGCACACCAAAGCUAGGAUCGCUACGGAAACCCCCUGAUGACCUCGAUCUCAUCGAGCUUGCGGAUACGACUAGUGAUGACGGACGGCCUGGCAAUCCCAUUGGCAGCUCCUCCUCUCACGGCAAUAUUUACGACCAGAACAUCCACGGCUCAACGAGUAGAAGCGCGGGAGAAGGCACGGCAUCAAUGCGCGGACGACCAAUGCUAAUGGGAGUAAUUGGUAGACGCAAAACAAUGCCCAUCUGCAUCGAAUGCCGGCACCCCGUCCGCACGCUCUGGACACAGUACAGCGGCGCGGGCGACGCGAGCUCGAAUAUCCGGCUCACGGUCUACCGACACCUUCUACAUAACACGUUAAUGCGCGACCGGGAUCGAUUCGAUCCAUCUAUAAUCCGUCUCGGCACCCUCCUCCUCUUAUUCGACGUAUACCUAACGUGGGCGCGCAUCGAGAAACAAGUCGUCCCAGACUCCUCUUCUUCUUCUACGCCAUCAUCAGACGCUGCGACGACGGGAGAAGGGGGGAGUAAUCUAGGUGCAUUAGCACAGCAACCUAUCGUGUUCCAAUAUAUCUUCUUCCUAAUCCUCUGCACCUUCUCGACCCUAGCCUUCCACCUCUCCAUCCGCUUCCUCACCUCCUCCCCGCUAUCGCCCUUAUCCCUCCUCUCCUUCCUCCCCUCCUACCCGCGUCCCAACUCCGUCUCCACAGCCCUCCUCGUAUCCUCCAGCACCAAGCUCUUCCCCAUAUUGAUGGUCAUCUGGGACUACGACGUGCCUGCCGCCGCCCGCAGUCUGGGCUGGGCCGUCGUCGCGAAUAAUGUCGAGGCCCUCGCCAUCUUACUCGAUUGCGGAUACGGCGUCGCCGUCUUCCUGGCUGCGGCCGGAGCGGUCACCAGAUGGCUUGUUGGAAGGGGGAUACUUUGGUGCGUGGGUUUGCAUGGCGUUGAUUCCGUGGCGGAGAGCGAUGUCGCUGUUGAUGGACGUGCUUUGUGGGCGCUGCUUGGAAGGGUUAGGGAAUGGGGGGGUAUGUUGGCUGUUGGGUGA